UAGAGAAGUAAAAAACUAGAAGAGGGUUAGUUUGUUUCAGUUCUCAAUAUAUAAAAAACACAGUUGCAUAUGUGUUUUAGCUUUUUUGGGUAGUGGGGCUUUAGGAAGUUAUAAUCUUUUUUCUCUUCAGUUGUUUCUCUUUGAUGAUGAUGAUGACAGUUGAUGGUUUGUUUGUUUUCAUGCAUGUUUGAAGGUUUUGUGGAAAGCUAAGGGGUGGGGUGGUGUUUAUUUUGGUUAAGUUUUAGUUAAAGAUAAGGGGUGGGGUUGUUUGAAAUCUUGUUUGGUGUAAUGGGUUGCAAAAAGAUUCAAUUUUUAGUGUGUUGAUUGGUUCAGAUUGAGAUUGGCAUGGGAUUCUUGAAGUUGUUGUGCUCAAAGUUUCAGUUUUUAUGCUGCAAAAAAUGUGUUCAGAGAUUCUUCAUUCAUGGUGUGAGUUCUUCUUCUUUGAAUCCUUUGGUGAAUCAAAUUUCUAGACAAUGAGUUUUAUUCUAUUUUGAGAGUUUUGGAAUCCGAUGAUUUUUUUUGUUUAGGUGUUAAAAAUUGUUGAUAAUAGGAGAAAUCUUCUCAAUUCUUUGAUUCUUUCCAUUGGUGUGUGUAUUUGUUGUUGAUUCCAUUCUUUGUUGCAUAUAGAAAUAUUAUUAUACAGAUUUUAUAGGUCCAUCAUCACAUAGGACACACAGAUAUCACAUUUUUUUUUUUUUUUUUUUGCAUCGGAUUCCAGUUUUUUGUUUUUCUUGGAACUUCACACACACUCACAUAUAGACAUUGUUCUGUUUCUCUUGAUCAUCUAUAGAAAUUUAGCAUUAUAAAAAAAUUGUAUAUUUCAUAGUGAAAUUAUAUAUACAUAGAGAAAGAUAAGAGAGACAGACAUAGAGAAGAAAAGGGGUGGGUGAGUUGGAGUUGAAAAGAAAGAACAAAAACUGGUAAGGGUGGUGAAGAAUGUUGGCGGGUUGUUCUUCUACAUUGUUGUCACCUAGGCAUAGAUUAAGGAGUGAAGCAUCUGCACAGUUUCAAACUUGUAAUUUCCCUUCAAUGAGCACACAAAGAUUGGACUUGCCAUGUAGUUUUGCUAGAAAAGAUACCUCAAGGUCCCAAUCUAUUAGGCCAGUUGGCAGCCUUUCUGUUGAGAAGCCUAUUGAAGCCAAGAACACUAGUUGCUCACUCAAGCAGAACAAUAUUCGUCUACCGCCAUCCUCAACCGAAGCUAGGAAAGAAAGCAAGGAUGAAUUUUGGGAAAAAGGUAGGAGCUUGAAGAGGUAUGCUGAUGAUGAUGAUGAGACCUGCAUGAGCAGAGCUAAUAAGAGGAAAAAGGGAAAUAGGAAGUCAGGUGAUUGUUCAGAAGAAGGCUAUGGUUUGAGUUUGAGCCAACUGGGUGGUGGUGAUUUCUGGUUACAAUCCGGUUUCAAUGUGGCACGAUCAGUUCCUCAAGAAACACCAUUCUCCUUUUCUUGUUCAGGAGAGGAAGACAGUGUAUGUUAUGUGCCAAACAAUCCUUGGAUCGAAUCUGUAGUGACCCAGAUUACUAAUUUUGGUGACAAAAAUGUCUCAACAAGUCAAGAUCCUGCUAAAGAGGCGUCGGUAUCAAGUGCUUCUUUAGACAGUCAUGGUUUGGUUCUUAGGCUUAAUGAGAACCCUCCGGGGGAGCAGCAUGAAAUAGGCAAUGGUUCUUCUAGGAUACCUAAUCCAAAUGAGAGGGGUGAAGUUGUAAUAGCACAUAAUGAGUCCAAUAAUCGUCGGGAGGAUGAUGCAGCUGAGCUGCUCAGUUUACUUGUGAGUUGUGUUGAAGCAAUUGGCUCAAGGAAUGUCACUGGUGUUAAUCAACUGAUAGCUAGGCUAGGGCAGCUUGCUUCUCCAAGAGGGUCACCAAUAAGCCGGCUAACUGCUUACUUCACUGAGGGUUUAGCUUUGCGUGUUGCUCGUCUUUGGCCUCACAUCUUUCACAUUAUACCCCCUCGGGACCUUGAUCGAUUAGACGAUGAUAGCGGUACGGCGUUGAGGUUGUUGAAUCAGGUUAGUCCAAUUCCAAGGUUCAUCCAUUUCACAUCAAAUGAGAUUCUGCUUAGAGCUUUUGAAGGAAAGGACCGGGUUCACAUUAUUGAUUUCGACAUUAAGCAAGGCUUACAGUGGCCUAGUUUGUUUCAGAGUUUGGCUUCUAGGCCAAACCCUCCGAGUCAUGUUAGAAUUACCGGUAUAGGAGAAUCAAAACAGGAUCUUGUUGAAACAGGAGACAGGCUUUCCGAGUUUGCUGAGGCGUUGAAUCUGGCUUUCGAGUUCCAUCCAGUUGUUGACAGGUUAGAAGAUGUGAGGCUAUGGAUGCUUCAUGUUAAAGAAGGAGAAAGUGUUGCAGUGAAUUGUGUGUUACAGAUGCAUAGGCUUUUGUACGACAGUUCUGGAGGGAUUCUAAGGGACUUUUUGGGGUUGAUUAGAAGCACGAAUCCCGAUAUUAUUCUGAUGGCUGAGCAAGAAGCUGAGCACAAUGAGCUUAGUUUGGAAGCAAGACUUGUUAACUCACUAAAAUACUAUGCUGCUGUUUUUGAUUCUAUUGGUUUCAGCCUUCCAUUAGAUAGCCUUGCCAGGAUUAAGAUAGAAGAGUUGUUUGCUCGGGAGAUUAGAAAUAUCAUUGCUUGUGAAGGACGAGAUAGGACUGAAAGGCAUGAGCUUUUUGGGAAAUGGCGGAAGCUGAUGGAACAAGGGGGUUUUCGAUGCACGGGGAUUACAGAAAGGGAAAUGCUUCAGAGUCAAAUGCUGCUGAAGAUGUACUCAUGUGAGGAUUACAGGAUCACGAAGCAAGGGAACGACAAUGCUGCACUUACACUGAGUUGGUCAGAUCAGCCUCUAUGCACGGUCUCCGCGUGGACUCCUCUUGAUGCUGCUGGAAGUUCAUCCUCUUAUUAUCAGCCAAGUUGAUAGACACACAAUUGUUCUUUUCGUUCACAGGAAAAAGGUUAACAAAUUCUUUUUAGGUAGAGAGUCAUUCAUUCUUUCAUUCUUUAUUGCAGAUAGAUUUGCCAAUCUGGUAAGAAAAGAAAAUCUUUUAGAUAAAAAUGCAUAGGGUCAUUUUGUUUGUACCUUUGAAUUCAUAUUUGUAUUCAUUCUUUAUUCUUCUUGUAAGCAAGCUUAGGUAUUCUUUCUUAGUUCAGUAUAUUCAGUCAAUUUCGCCGAUGUAUUCUUUCUUUGGUUGUAAUGAUUUGUUAUUGUUAUUCAUUCCAUUGUAGCAAGAAGAUACCAGAUAUUGUUUUCAAUGAAGUAGUAGUUUCUCUAGUCAGUCACAA